AGUCCACUGCGUGGAACAUGCACAGACACAAAUAUAUGUUUGAAUCCAUAUCUUCAUAUGCAUUGUCCCCCAAAUUUAAUGCUUAAAGCACACUUGACUGAACGUGUCUGUAUCGUUUAAGUUUAUACUUAUUAGUUGAUAAAUGGGCCAAAAUUCCAUUUUUUGUAUUUCUAAUGGACACAACACAGUUAUUAAUGUUUUGCGAGAUUUCGUAAAUGUUUUUCUUUUGUUUUUUUCCCUCCCAUGUCCCCUCCCGGACUCCGUAGACAUGGGGGUAUUCCAUGCAUAUUAACCUAUUAUAUUUGCAAAUAUGGUGUAAUACCCUCCCGCAAAAAUAUCUGAGUGUUUUGAUUUUCCACAGAUCAAUGGUGGCAACCCUAUUUUCAUCCUUGCCGUUUAAUUAGGAUCUUGGUGUUUACUGAAACAUCAGCUGUAACAAAACAUUUUCAUGCUUAAAGGCCACUGAAAGUCAAAAGCCAUUGAGGCGUAGCAGGGGACGUGCUUGUUGAGGGCCAUGUAAUCGACUUCACGGAUGUUUCAUGUGUACAUGGGGGCGCUGAAAUACAAAUUGUUUAUGGCUUUCUCUCUUCUCUCAUCAUCAUCAUAGAAUAUAUGUAGGAGUACCGUGUGCGUUUAGGGUGGGCGGGGGGAAUCGAGGCUAAUUUGGUCUUUACCAGUGUAGGAAAAAACCUUCUCCCUUGAUCAAUAUGCAUAUUCAGCUGCAUUUGUGCCAAGUAAUUUUACGUAAACAUAUAACUAUUAUAGUAUGGUCCGUAAAUAAGAGUACCAUGAUUCCGUACAGCACACGACAGUCUGUUUUUGUACAGGUACUUUACUCACUCUGAUCUAACGAGUGCAACAGAGUAACAUACUCGGUGUAACAAGAUCAUACCACGUAAUUUUAACUUGGAGAAUACGCGGAAUUUAUCAACUAACAGAUACCAGGUUGUAAUAUCCGGCAGCAAUAUUAAACCCAGUAAAAAUAGACUGCAACAUGAAAAUAGGCUACCUUAAAGCAACAAAGAUCAGAAACUAUAUUAUAUAUUCCUACAUAAAUACUGGGAUUGCAUAUUUAAAGCAAUUAUAAUAACUAAAUAUCUCAUAUUAAAUGCUAAAAACGAAUAACGAAAUUUAUUAAGAAAUAAGAAAACUUUAAUCUGCGAUGGUUCUGUAAUUACUUUGAAUUACAAUCUAUAAUCGUAAUUACAUGUUGCGGGUUCAAUCUGGUAUAACGAAACUCGCACCUGAUAAACAGAGCUUCAGGGUCUGGUUUUAUUGCCGUGGCGUAAUGACGAACGGGGGACACGAGGGCAUGAUAAGGCGUGGCACGCGUGAGGGGCGUGGCGCGGCGCGGGAGGAGGAGCCAAGGGGCAAAGUUGUGCCGGCUGGCUGCGAGCAUCACGCGACGCAGAUCUGCGCGGACGUGCCGAAGGAGGAGCGCCGCGCUCUAUAAGGGGACCCUAGAGGAACGACGAAUACAAGAUGUUUGAAACGGAACAAAUCCUGCUGGUUCUGCUGGAUAUACUCUGCCUUGGAUUGGCUGGACUCCCAUUUGCAAUACUCACGUCCCAACACAAUGCAUUCAAAAGAGGAUUUUUCUGUAGCGAUGACUCUAUCAGGUACCCCUUUAAGGAAGACACCAUCUCCUACCAGUUGUUGGGGGGUGUGAUGAUUCCAUUCACAGUAAUUGUUCUCGUGUGUGGGGAGUGUCUCCUUGUCACGCAGAGUCACCCAAGUCAACAAGUGAAUUCCCAGUCCUCGCUCCUUGGCUGUUACCUGAGAGCCGUCUAUAAAGCUCUGGGCAGCUUUGUGUUCGGCAUGGCUGUGAGCCAGUCCCUCACCGACAUCGCCAAGUAUUCCAUUGGCCGACUGAGGCCGCACUUCCUGGCGGUGUGCCAACCUGCCCUGGGCCCCAAUGACUGCAUGUCGGGUCGAUACAUCGAAAAUGCCACGUGCUUGGGGGACGAGAGCUUGGUUAACGAGGCCAGGGUGUCCUUCUACUCGGGCCACUCGUCCUUCUCCAUGUACUGCAUGGUGUUUCUCGCUCUAUAUCUGCAAGCUCGGCUCCAGAUGAAGUGGGCGAGGCUCCUUCGGCCUACGCUGCAGUUCUUCCUGAUCUCUGCCUCGGUCUACGUGGGCCUGACGCGUGUGUCUGACUACAUGCACCACUGGAGCGAUGUUCUCACAGGGCUCCUGCAGGGGGCGCUGGUUGCAGUGCUCGUGGUGUUUUGUGUGUCGGACUUCUUCAAGAAGCCAGCGGCUUUUCAGAAAGAGCCGGAGCUCUCGCAGUCUAGUUUACAGGAAACGCCUGCUAAUGGAAACCAUUACCAUAGCACCCACUAAGAUGAGGUGAACUUAAAGAGCAAGGCGGAUUGGAAGCAGGAAGUAUGGGGGUGAGGGGGUAUGCCAGUCAGGGGGUGACUGACAGCGGGGUUACAUUGCUUAACGUUGCCUUGGCUAGGCUGCAGCUGCUGCUGCUGAUGUCAGCAGUCCUCAUGAUGUCAGCAGUCCUCAUGAUGUCAGCAGUCCUCAUGAUGUCAGCAGUCCUCAUGAUGUCAGUAGUCCUCAUGAUGUCAGUGCUGAUGUCAGCAGUCCUCAUGAUGUCAGCGCUGAUGUCAGCAGUCCUCAUGAUGUCAGCGCUGAUGUCAGCAGUCCUCAUGAUGUCAGCAGUCCUCAUGAUGUACAAAUACAGUUAAAGCAUGUUCUAGGCAUGAAGGAUAUUAAUCACCGUUAAACCUUUUAUACUCGUAUCAAAAAAAUUUAAAAGCGGGGGGGGGGUAGCAUUGGCAUAUGCAUCAUUUUAUUAGGUUUUUGGGGUGGAGGGCUUUAGCAACAGAAAUAAGGCAAGACCCUGACUUAUUUUGAAACAAAUGCACACUAGCGUAUUGUAUCGUGAGGCCUUAAAGAUGCUUAGUCAUGCUGUUUGAGAGGAACUAGCUUGACCCGUGUUGAAGGGAACAACGGCGCCAUUCAUGGAAAACCUUCCUGGUCUGUAAGUGCUUAAAUUUAAAAAUAUCAAAGGCAGUGCAGGUUAAGUGAUAUACAACUUCCACGCUGGCAGUGGCUAACACUUAAAAAAUGCUAUUAUUAAACUUUCCUGGCCUGCUUCUCUGUAUGAAUGCUAUGUUCAAAGGUAAAGGUCUUCAUUCCAGAAGAAUGCACAGGGACAGACAUUCUAUAUGGAAUAUUUGUAGAGGAAAAGCAAAAGGAAUCCCCAUACAAUUCCACUUCCUUCACAAAAUUCUGUUGCGGUCAAGUAAAUCAUUCAUUUCUAGAGAUGAUGUAAUAGGCAAGUUUUUACCUACAACUGCCGCUUUUGAUAAGGAAGUAAAAUUGAGGGUCUGGGGAAGGCCUUUUUAUGAAUCAUGUCAUGAGUGAACAAUGUAUUGCAUCAUGUUUUAUGGAAGGGGAAAUCAUUGUGCCGAAGUUUUGGUUUUUAUGUAUGAUUUAUGUAAAAUGUAAUUGCUGAUUGUGUCGGUUAUUUUAAACAAAUAUAUCUGAAACCUGCCAUUAUACUGUUGUUGAUGUUCCGAGUACCAGAACUAACAUGAGUGCAUGAUCUGUGCCUACCAAGACCAAACCAUUGUCCUAUAAUAGUCUAAUGGUCUCUAGAACAGCAAGCUGUGAAGGAAUCCAAGUAGCUUCAUAAUCAAAAGAAUGCGUAACCUACAAUAAAUAGCGGUGCAUGUUUUA